AUGGCGACGGUAACAGGUUCGCAGGCCGCUGUUGAUCCCAGCGUGACGGGAGAGUUGCUGCGGUCAACGACGAGCAAGGUGGAGCCCGAGUCGCAAGCUGCAGCGAAUGGAGGUUGUGGCGGGGAUCAAUUUCCACCGGCAAAGAACCCGAUCAUGUCACCUAUGAAGUGGCCAAUUGUGGUGGCAUCUGCAGCCGUCAAGACAAGCGCCGAAGAGGAGUCUCACCAAGAAGCGGAGUGCGGUGGGGAUAAGCCGGGAGGAAUCGCCGUCGGGCACAGCUGGGGAGGUUUGGCGAGCGAACAUGACGAUGACAGGUCGUUGGCGGCUGUGGUAGGGCAGGAAUCACGAAGAGCCGGUCCCACUACUGGGCCGCCAAAUGUCGCCCGUGGGUCAGAGCUCCGGCCUGCUUCUGUUUCGAAGGACAGGCGGAUUCAAUUGGUCCUUAGGCCGAGGAUGGGCGUAGUAACCGUAGCCUUGUUGUUCGGGGCUCGACCGGCAAAGCAGGGGAAUUGUGAAGUCGCUACGGGAACGUCCAAAGUUGGGGGAGUAGGAAAGGCGGCCGAUGGUAAAAUUCCACGCAGGAGGAGUGAGAGUUCCGAAGCAGAAGACGUCACGAUUCCCACUCCAUGUACAUGUGCGAAUGAUGAUGCUCUUUCACGCAGGAGGAUGGAUUGUAUUAAAAGGGUUGAGUGGUACGCUAAUUACAUGAAAGAACAGGGAAGGAAUAUGCGUGGUUCGGUAGGGGAAGCAUUGGGAUUGCAUGAGAAUCACAUUAACAUGGAGAAGUCCUUGGGUCAUACAUUCAUACGUGGCUUUGGUGGAGGAUUGCAUGGAAGGAAUGGUUUGGAGGAAGGAAAUUGGUGGAUUCCCUUGCGCGGGGAGUUGCAUAUGACGUGGGGGAGUGAGCCAACAAUGGAGAACCAGCAGCAACUUCCGACGGAGUUGUAUUGGGGUACUCCUCACGAGGUUUGCCAGAUAGAAGGAUUCUGGUACAUGGCUGGGUUUAUGGAAGCCAUGGCCGCCUUCAGGUCAGAAUUCGAGCCGAGGAAGGACGACAUUCUCUUGACGUCUUUCACGAAAACAGGAACAACCUGGCUCAAAGCUCUCUGCUACAACAUCCUCGACGAAGACGAAAACGACAUUCUGGCGAAGGAGAACCCCCACGACGUGGUCCCCACGCUCGACAGUACUUUCCUCCAAGACCGAGUCCAGCAUCUGCUGCUGAAUUCCCCUACGGGGCGCAGCAGAUUGCUCCACACCCAUCUCCCCUGCAGUUACCUACCGGAGAAGGUGAGGAGCUCGCCGGGGUACUGCAAGCUCGUGUACGUGGCGCGGAACCCCAAGGACACGCUGGUGUCGCUGUGGCAUUUCCUCAACAAGAACCUGAAAGCCGACCCCUUCCCGCUGGAGAGAGCGGUGGAGACCUUCUGCAGGGGGGUUAUGCCUUUCGGGCCUUUCUACGAGCACGUGGUGGGAUACUGGGAAGAGAGCAAGAAGCAGCCGGAUGAGGUGUUGUUUCUCAAGUACGAGGACCUGUGCAGAAACCCAAGAGAGCAAGUGAGGAUGCUUUCCAUGUUUCUCGGUCGGGAAGCGAAUAUAGAUGUUGAGAAGGUACUGUGGCGGAGUAGUCUGAACAGACUUAAGGAGUUGAAGGUCAACAAGGAUGACGAUAUUAAGGAAGGACAACAUGUUCACCACUCCGCCUUUUUUAGGACGGGAACAGUUGGGGAUUGGAAGAACUACUUGACUCCCGACAUGGUUCAACGUAUUGAUAAGCUCACACAGGUUAAGCUGCAGGGGACUGGGCUUUCUUUUGAUGACCAGUAGUUCUGUAUAAAGUUUUAUUUAGUUUGAUGUCAUAAACCAACUGGUCCUAAAUAACUCUAGUUAUUGGGAGAGGUCCAUGUAUGAAUUUGUAUAAGUUGUUUGAGUUCAAGCAUGUAACGGGUGAAUUUCCUCUACACUAGUAAUAGCUAG